AACAUAACCUCAAAAUUUGUUACUUACCUAUAUUACAAGUGACAAAACUAGGGCUCUAUUGAGGAACUUGCAUUCCUUCAUUAUUUUUUUUGCGAUUACCCGCAUUUUCAUCUCAAUUCAUCUAUUUAAUCGUUUAGUUUAAUUUCACCAUGGCUCCCAAAAAGGCGGGUGCCAACAAAAAAGUAGGCAAAAAGGCUAAAGUCGCUCCAGCUCCUCUGGUUUCUGAAAAACCUAAAAAAGUAGUUAAACAGAAAGUUGUCAACCCAUUGUUUGAGAAAAGGCCUAGGAAUUUUGGAAUUGGUCAGGAUAUUCAACCCAAAAGAGACUUAAGUCGUUUUGUUAAAUGGCCCAAUUAUAUUCGUAUACAACGUCAAAAGGCUGUUCUUCAAAGAAGGCUCAGAAUUCCUCCACCAAUCAAUCAAUUUUCUUAUGCAGCCGAUAAGGCCACAGUUACUCAGCUUUUCAAGUUAAUGGAGAAAUAUAGACCUGAGACAGCUGCAAUGAAAAAGAGACGAUUGCAGAAAAGAGCUGAAGAUAAAGUUGAAACUAAAGAAGAUCAACCCACUAAACGUCCAAAUGUGAUACGCCAAGGUAUUAACACUGUUGUCAAUCUUGUUGAGCAAAAAAAAGCUCAAUUAGUAGUUAUUGCCCAUGAUGUUGAUCCUUUGGAGUUGGUAAUAUAUUUACCUGCAUUGUGUCGUAAAAUGGGUGUACCCUAUUGCAUUAUCAAGGGAAAAUGGAGGUUAGGUAACCUUGUACGCCGUAAAAAUUGCACUGCCUUAGCCAUUACUCAAGUUGAUAGUGGAGAUCGUGCAGCUUUAGCAAAACUGAUAGAAUCUGUAAAGAACAACUUCAAUGAACGAUUUGAUGAAUUUAAACGUCAUUGGGGUGGUGGUGUUUUGGGUGCAAAGUCUGCUUGUCGCCUUGCUAAGAUAGAAAAAGCAAAAGAAAAAGAACUGGCGCAAAAACAAUAAAAAUUUUAUGUAUGAAAAUUACCUAAUAAAAUAUAAAACCCCAAA